AUGAAUAAUAGAUCCCGUCUGUGUGCAACCAAUCUUUGUGCCUCGCCUACACUCUCGGAGGCGAUUGGGUUAGGACACUUCGUAGAGGAACAUCAGCCUCUGUCAGCGCACUUUUCAGCAGUCAACAGGCGGAAGCGUUGGAUUUCACCGUCGAAAAUGUCGAACCGAGCGGGAGAUAUGGGCAUGGAUGUACAGGUCAACCGUAGGUUGAACAGCAGGUACGAUGCAGACACUGAGAAGGAAGUUGUUCAGUGGAUCAACCAAUUGACCGGUGAAAAUGUGCCGCUGGGGCGAGAAAAUGUUGCUGCUGCCCUGAAGAACGGUCAAAUUCUUAUUAAGCUGGUGAACAAAGUGUACGAAGGCACGAACCCACUCCCACCGACAGUCACGAAGAAAAAGCAUCCGUUCAAGGCCAACACCAUGUCCGCGCCUUUCAAGCAGAUGGAGAAUAUUCAAAUUUUCCUGACGGCUGCUGAAGCCUAUGGAGUGCCCCGCACUAGCCUAUUCCAGACCGUGGAUCUCUUCGAGAUGAGAAACAUGGCUCAGGUUCUCAGCUGCCUCCUUCAACUUGGAACUGAAUGCCAACGAAAUAACUUCAAUGGGCCGACCUGUGGACCGAAACCCACCUACGAAAACAAGCGUGAGUUCACCGAAGACCAAUUGGCCGCCUCAAAGACUGUAAUCGGUCUGCAGGCGGGCUCAAACAAAGGCGCCAGCCAGAAGGGCAUGAGCAUAGGUGCUGUUCGCCACAUAGCCGACAUAAAAGCAGACGACAUGUCAAAAGAAGGCCAAGGCAUUAUUGGCCUGCAGGCGGGCUCGAACAAGGGUGCCAGCCAGAGCGGAAUGGCCAUGGGUGCAGUACGGCAUAUUGCGGACAUGAAGAUUGGCGAAAUGUCGGACGCUGCCAAGACUUCUCUCAACCUCCAGACGGGCACCAACAAGGGCGCUAGCCAAUCGGGUAUGGCCAUGGGAGCUAUCCGUCACAUUGCGGAUCAGAAACUGACAGAGAUGUCAGCUGAAGGCAAGAGCACAAUUGGCCUGCAGGCUGGCUCGAACAAGGGCGCUAGUCAGAGUGGCAUGUCCAUGGGCGCUAUGCGUCAUGUGGCCGAUCUAAAAGUGGAUCAAAUGUCCAAGGAGGGCCAGAGUGUCAUUGGUCUGCAGGCGGGCUCGAACUUGGGUGCUAGCCAGAGCGGAAUGUCCAUGGGCGCGAUGCGUCACAUAACUGACAUAAAGGUGGACGAGAUGAGCAAAGAAGGCCAGGGUGUAAUUGGCUUGCAAGCAGGAACCAACCAAUUUGCGAAUCAGUCGGGAAUGAGCAUGGGCGCCAGACGUCAUGUUGCCGAUAUCAAGGUUGGAGAUAUGUCGAAAGAUAGUGCAGGCAUAAUAGGGCUUCAGUCGGGCUCGAACCAGGGCUCAAGUCAGGCUGGAAUGAGCUUCGGUGCUCAACGGCACAUCACUGAUGUCAAAGUGGGAGAACUGGAGUAG